UCUUAUCAGUGCCUUCCUGAGUAUAGGUAAUGAUAUCGAUUUAGUUCAUCAAGGUCUGUUACCUCAACAUGGCGUUUUUAAUAUCAUUUGUAAUUAUUAAUAUAAUUGUGCUUGUUUUAUUGAAAGUGUAUUUCAAACUGACGACGGGCAUAUGUAAAAGUAGUAAACAUUUAGUGGGUAAAGUUGCCAUAGUAACAGGUGGCAAUAAAGGCAUCGGUUACGAGACAUGUAAAGAUUUCGCUGAACGAGGAGCCAGGGUUAUAAUAGCUUGCAGGAGUGAACGGCUGGGCACAGCCGCACGCGACACUAUCGUCUCCGCCACGGGCAAUGAUGAUGUUCACUUCAGACAGCUUGAUCUGUCUUCACUGGCUUCUGUGAGAGCAUUUGCUGAAGGUAUAAUCAAGAAUGAAAAGCGUCUCGACAUACUAGUCAACAAUGCCGGCGUGUAUGAAGUAGAACAUCAAAAAACCGAGGAUGGACUAUCACUAGCUGUACAAACUAAUCAUUUUGGACCAUUUUUAUUGACUAACUUACUCCUGCCACUACUUAAAUCAUCAGCACCAAGUCGGAUUGUCAAUGUGUCGUCGAUAGCUCACAGUGGUGGAAAAGUCGAACUUGAUAACCUCAAUUUAGAAAAGGAAACUAAGGAAACUUACAGUAUGAGUCAAGUGUACCAGAACACCAAGUUGUUCAAUGUAUUGAUGACAGUUGAAUUGGCAAGAAGACUAGAAGGAACGGGAGUCACUGCAAAUAGCUUACACCCGGGAGUAGUAGCAACAGAUAUAUUAUUCAACAUAAAAUCAAUUUGGGUACAACCGAUUAAAUUAAUAUUGAGUGUGUAUAGCAAGAAUCCUUGGGAAGGAGCUCAGACUACAGUACAUCUUGCAGUAUCCCGUGAAGUGGAAGGCGUCAGUGGGAAGUAUUAUUGUGAUUGCCAUGAAGCGAGUGUGAGCAGUCUUGCUCAAGAUAAAGACAUGGCACGCAAACUUUGGGAUGCAUCUGAAAAGUUAGUUGGUCUUAAAUAAAAAAAUAUAGGAACAUUUA